AUGUCAAGCUCACUCCUAAAACGGAUCCUCCACCCGACCCGGAAACCUAAACCCUACUCGACCUUCUCAAUCGCUCCCCUCACCACCGUCUCUUCUCCACCGUCCGAUCCCUCAAACCCUACUUCAUCAUCAGAUCCUCUGAUCACCGACGCCGUCACAAUCCUAACACACCACCGCUCCAAAUCCCGUUGGUCCACUCUCCGAUCACUCAACCCUUCCGGUUUCACUCCUUCCCAAUUCUCCGAAAUCACUCUCCGCCUCCGCAACAACCCUCACCUCUCCCUUCGCUUCUUCCUCUUCACUCGCCGCCACUUUCUCUGCCCUCACGACAUCGGUUCCUGCUCGACUCUCAUCCACACCCUCGCUCGAUCUCGCCUCAAGAGCCACGCUCGCGACGUAAUCCGCCUCGCUCUCCGUCUCUCCGACGAAGACAACGACAGAGACCGCGUCUCGAAAGUGUUCCGUUCGUUGAUUAAAAGCUACAAUCGAUGUGGGUCUGCACCGUUCGUCUUCGAUUUGCUGGUAGAAUCGUGUCUUGAUUCGAAACAGAUCGAUGGAGCUGUGAUGGUAACGAGGAAACUAAGGUCUAAAGGAAUCAAUUUGCAGAUUAGUACUUGCAACGCUUUAAUCUCAGAGGUUUCAAAGCGUAGAGAUGCUUUAAACGGAUAUAAGCUAUACAGAGAAGUUUUUGAUUUAGAUGAUGUUAGAGACGAUGAAGCUAAGACCUUUAUGGUUAAGCCAAAUGUGAACACUUUCAAUUCGAUGAUGGUGAGUUUUUACAGAGAAGGUGAAGCAGAGAUGGUAGAGAGGGUCUGGAGAGAAAUGGAGGAAGAAGUAGGAUGCUCCCCAAAUGCUUAUAGCUUCAGUGUUUUGAUGGAGACGUAUUGUUCUCGAGGUAUGAUGAUGGAAGCAGAGAAGAUAUGGGAAGAGAUGAAGUUAAAGAGAGUGGAUCAAGACGUUGUGGCUUACAACACUAUGAUUGGUGGGCUUUGCAGUAACUUUGAGGUUACUAAAGCGAAGAAGCUUUUCGACGAAAUGGUAACGAAGAGAAUAGAGUGUACUUCACUAACCUAUGAUCGUCUCGUUAAUGGGUAUUGUAAAGUUGGGGAUGUUGAUUCGGCUAUGGUUGUUUACAAGGAGAUGAAAAGGAAGAGUUUUGAAGCAGAGGGUUUAACCAUUGAAGCGUUAGUGGAAAGGUUAUGUGAUGGCGAUAAACGAAGAGUCGUUGAAGCCGCGGAGAUUGUGAAGGAAGCGGUGAGAGAAUCCGAGUUUUGUCCUAGCCGGAGAUGUUAUGAGUUGUUGAUAAAGAGGUUGUGUGAAGAAGGGAAGAUGGAGAGAGCCUUGAAGAUUCAAGCUGAGAUGGUGGGAAGAGGGUUUAAGCCGAGUCAAGAAACGUAUAAAGCUUUUAUCGACGGGUAUAGAAGAUUCGCUGAUGAAGAAACAUCUGCUUUGUUAGCCAUAGAAAUGGCUGAAUCACUCGAGCUAAGAACAGAAGAAGAAGAAGUUGAUGAAGGAGCAGCAUUGUUAGCCUUUGAAAUAGCUGAAUCAUUAAAGCUAAGAGCAGAAGAAGAAGAGAAAGAAAGCUAG